AUAAAGUUCAUGUCGUCAAGCAAUAAACCAAAAAAGUGGCUUCGCAUACUGUGUUGUAUCUGAUCAAAUAGUGGCGAGAAGAAGAAAAAGACCAGGAGAAUUGGAGCCAAACUGGCUGAAGUCGUCAGAAAGAAUUCAAGCGAUAGGCAGAUUUUUAAAUAACAAAGGCAUCUCAACUCCUAUCAGAGAAAUACGAAAUCAAAGAGCUAGGGAGAAAGAGGAAAAGGAAAGGUGUGACCAGUUGCAAUUAAGCAAAAAAAUCACCCAAAAGGAAGAAAAAUCAGAAGAUCUUGACCUCCAAAUCUUCGGAAGAAAUCUGAAAACUUUUAACAAUUAUACUGAUGAUAAUUUCUCAGAUAAAGAGAUUAGUAAUACCGAAAGGAGGAGGAAUAGCUGGAGUACUUCCAGAAUGAGUCCUUUCACCGAUACCAAAAAUGAGUUUGCCUCAAGGAGAAAGCAGAAAAAUAUUAAAAAUGAGCCAAUUAGAAGUUUCCAGCUUGGAACGGCUGAGAAACUUCAUUCUUCAUAUAAGAGCAAGAAACUUUUGGUCCAGAAUACAGGUACAACUUCAGUAGGAAUGCUCAGUACAAAGAAGCAGAGCAAAGUUGGUGAAGAUCUGGACUGUGCUCUACAAAAUGAGAGUUAUACCAAAAAGAUGGUUCAUCCCUCACCUCAAGUAAAGCUUAACCAGAGAAAGAUCCCUCGAAAGGAGCAAUCAAAGGCUUCGAAGUCUUCAUCGAAAAAAUCUCAGAAGAAGAGACGAGUCCCUAAGAAGUAUACUAAACCGAAUAUGAAUAAAGAGAAGGUGUCAAAUAAAUCCUUGGUUAAUGAUGACACUGGACACAAGGAUUUGUUAGCGACAACCAGUGGGAAUGAUUCUCAAAGACCUUCAAUUAAUAGUGAGCUUAAGCCUAAAAAUAAUUCCACUAAUAAAGUAUCGGCUAGGUUUACAAUAACUAAGGAUGAUGUCCUAGCUAAGCAAGGUGUGAUCCCAGAAGACCAGAAUGAGGAUUACUACACUGAUGAAAAUGAAAGUGAUAGUUCUGAAGAAACUGUAUCAAGCGUUGAAGAGAAUAAAUAUGAAAACUUCUCGCUGAACUCAUCCAAGGAAUUAGCCCUUCCUCCUCCACAGAUGAUUAUGAAGAAAUUUGCUUCUGCAAAUCCUCCCACGAGAAAUGCAGCCGGAACAACAAGAAAUCCUUUUAUCUCACCCAGCGUGAGCACAAAUAAAGAGGCUGUUGAUACUCCUAUUAAUUCAUAUGCUGGUUUACUCAGCCCUCUUCCUGAUAUCCACUGAGGGCACAAGAGGGUGUCAAAGUCUCGAGCUGAUGAUUCUUUUGCAUUAAGAGCAACCUCUCAAAAAGAUUUUCAGACUGACUUGUCUCUUCUCAAGAACAAAAGUGUUGCUGAGAGGAGCAAGAAGGUCAAUUCCAGACUUAAAAUGAUGAUCUAA